CUUUUGAUCCCAAGUUCUUACGUCUGUAAAUUUGUUUGUAAACACUUUUGAACAUAUCCGGUGGCCAAUAUAAUCCUGGCCUUGCAAAGGAAAGUUAAAUUACAAAGUCUUGCACGAUGGGUUGCUCUAUUGACAGACUAGCGAUACUCAAGAUCCUUCUUCACGCUGCAAAAUAUCCGUCAGCGUCCAUCAAUGGCGUUCUCCUUGGCAGGGAAUCGCCUAGUGCAUCAGACGGGGAAGCGGCUCUUCUCGUAGUUGAUGCCAUUCCUUUGUUCCACUCGUUCCUCACGCUAGCUCCCUCUUUGGAGACUGCAUUGCUCCAGGUGGACGCUUUCUGUAGAGCAGACGGCAAGGUCAAGGUGGUGGGGUACUAUCAUGCAAAUGAGCGGCUGAAUGAACUCGAUCUGAAGCCCGCAGCAAGGAAGAUUGCUGACAGAAUACAGCAACGGAUACCUCAGGCUGUAACACUGCUGCUUGACAAUGGCAAAUUGUCAGGGCUUGCCGAGCACAACUCCACAGACAUCCUUCAGCUAUGGGUUAAGGACGGGCGCGGCUGGGUCAGAAGUGCUGCAAACAGGCUGAAAGCUGACAGCGGUGGGCUGGCAGACCUGUACAUGGAGAUGCUGUUGCAGGGAAAGCACUCCCAAAUCAGCGAUUUUGAUGACCACCUGAAUGACCUCACCAAGGACUGGACGAACAAGGAUUUGCUGUGAAAGGUUUUGCAGGCUUCUCU